ACACAACGGAGCGCUCCAGCCAUCCAAGAGUCGCUUUUUCCUUUUUGGCCUCGUCAGGCACCCGUACCCCGGUGACGUCUCACCAGAGCGACAAGCAACAAUGGUAAGUGAGCAAGCAAAUUUUCUCUCCGGCUCGUUUGUCAUUUCUAUUUAAAUGUAUUUUUAACCGAUAAAACCUAACCGAGGGCGCCACAUACUUUAACUGUCACUCUGUAAUGAAGACUUGGUUAGCUGUGUGUGAUAAUAGUGUAGUUAAAUCAGAAUUAGGAGUUUGUAUGAGCUCACCGAGCGGAGGCUAGCUGUGUUAGCUUCUCUCUCCGUUUACAUGUUGACGACGACUCCUGACUUUAUUUAGAGAAAUCAUUUAAACAGUUAAGAGUUAAGUAUGAGCAUUACUAUGAUCAUAUUUAUUAACAUGUCCAUUUCUUUCAGGGUCAGAACCAGAGUGGAGGCCACGGUCCAGGAGGGGGAAAGAAGGAUGACAAGGUGAGGAUGACACAGCUUCAGUUUUCUGCUCUGAAUGUUUACUGAGAUUCUGGUGGUUAAAAUGAUCAUGUAGGAGGUUUAUGAGCAAGAAAUGAAUCUAUUAUGAUGGUUUGAGUUUAAAAAUAAGCUGAAAAUGUGACAAGAAAUGCUUUUGGCCUGUAUUAUAAUAAUAUUAGCUGGUUAAAUGAGCAGAUAGCUUGAUUUUCAGAGGUAGAGAUGGUGCUUUAUUUUAAGCUCAAUUAUGAUAUUUUAAAGAAAAGUUAAAAGAAUCAAUCCGUGAUUAUGUAUAAGGACUUAUUUAUUCAAAAUGUAUAAUAAAAAGUGACUUUGCACUGAUCUGCACCUGUUGUUUUUUAAGAGUUUCACGUUUGUUCACCCCUGUGGUUGAGUAGUUUUAAAAGGAUAUUCUGGUGUAAAAUUAAUUUAGGGUCAAAUACACCGUAACACUGAGCUAGACACCUCUUCAAGAGAUGAAUGUUGCCGACUGCUUGCUACUCUAGUUAUACCAACUUUAGUAAAGACCGCACAAUAGCAAUACACAGCGGUCUGAGAAGCCAUAAACAAACCUCAACACCACUCUAUAGCCACAAAUAAUGUUCAGAGCAGCAUCUAACUUCAUCAUCAGUACAUAUAGGGUCCCAGUCAUCAAACAUCUUUUUAACUUUGCCUAAUUUCUUUUAAAAAAGACUAAACACAACUCAUCUACUCUCUUCCAGCAGACGCUUGUUUGUAGCGAGACCUCAGGCAAGUCCAUUACUAUAGUGUGGCGUUUUGGUUGAGCGCGUCGCUCUCUGUAUUGCUAUCGUGUGGUCGUUACUAAAGUUGGUAUAACUAGAGAAGCAAGAGGUCGGGAACAUUCACCUCUCGAGGGGGUGUCUAACUCGGUGUUACGUUGUGCCUGACCCUGACUUAACUUUACGCCGUAAUAUCCCUUUAAAAUUAAGUGAAAUGAAAUAAAUAAAAAUUAAUAAAAUUACUGUCCUCUUUCCCCUGUUGAUUUGUUUCAGCUCUUAUCACAGUCAUCUACAAAUGCUGUUUACCACAUGCUUCUAACAGGCCUUUUACAAUACUUCAUGUAAUAUGUAAAACAAGCUUCUUAACUCUCCUGACAUGUGCAAAUCCACUCUUUGUGACUUCAGGAUAAGAAAAAGAAAUAUGAGCCUCCAAUUCCCACCAGAGUCGGCAAGAAAAAGAAGAAGACCAAAGGACCAGAUGCCGCUAGUAAACUGCCUUUGGGUAAGGACUUUACAAACCAGUCUAUCAGUUCACCUCAUUAUAUGCAGUUACAGGAUGUACCAGAGGAUGUCAGUCUCUUCCUGUGGUAUUCUGCAGUACAGUCACAAAAUCAGCAAAGACUCUUGCGGUCAGGAUGCAAAUCUAAUGAACUAGAUCAUAAACUUUAAAUCAAAAGAUUUUUAAACUUUAGCUUUACAUUUAUUUGCCUCUCUUUAGUCACUCCUCACACUCAGUGCCGCCUGAAGCUACUCAAACAGGAGCGAAUCAAAGACUAUCUACUGAUGGAGGAAGAAUUCAUCAGGAACCAGGAGCAGAUGAAGCCCCUGGAGGAGAAACAGGAGGUCAGCUCAGUCACAUAUGGACCUCGCUUUCUUAAGUGUUGAAGUUACUUGCUUUAAAUGAAAGACUAAAUCGUAGCUUCUCUUAAACUUAACCUGACUGAAUAAAUCCUGGUCUUUUGUUAACAGGAGGAGAGGUCAAAGGUGGAUGACCUGCGUGGAACCCCCAUGUCUGUGGGCACACUUGAAGAAAUCAUCGAUGACAACCACGCCAUCGUUUCCACCUCAGUGGGAUCAGAGCACUAUGUCAGCAUCCUGUCGUUUGUGGAUAAAGAUCUUCUGGAGCCUGGCUGCUCUGUCCUGCUCAACCAUAAGGUGAUAUUUAGUGAGAACUCUAUACCAAGUCUUUCUUCAACCAUCUAAUGUAGUCCUACGAUACCCCCCAAAAAUGGCUGACACAAUCCUGACUACUUGUCGGACGUUUGUGUAUCACUUGUAGGUUCAUGCUGUGAUUGGAGUGCUGAUGGACGACACUGAUCCCCUGGUCACAGUCAUGAAGGUGGAGAAGGCUCCUCAAGAAACCUACGCUGACAUUGGAGGACUGGACAAUCAGAUCCAAGAGAUAAAGGUACAAUUUUAACAACAAUGUCGGGAGAAAACACACGUAUUUGAUGUUUCUAAUGGCAUCAAUAAGCAAGGACUCUGAGCAAAUCUGUGCUUGAGUGAUUCUUUGUGUUUAAACUGAGGCUGUCGAUGUUUUCUUCCUCUACGCAGGAGUCAGUGGAGUUACCUCUCACACAUCCAGAGUAUUAUGAAGAGAUGGGCAUCAAGCCUCCUAAAGGUGUUAUUUUAUAUGGACCGCCAGGCACAGGUAAGUGCCACCAGUCAAAUUUUAAUGUGUAAAACUUAGUCAGAAAAAAUUUAUUUGUAGGGGCCACAGCCGUCUAAGUGGUGACAUGAUGUGUGUACACUCUCUGCGGUCUAUAAUGUGGGAAUAAGGAUAAAUAAGAUAUAUGAUUCCAUGUUCUGACACCCAGCUUUAUAAAUCUUUGAGAGGAGCUCUUAUCGAUACUUAAAAACAGCUCAACUUUUUCUCCUUCAGCUCAGUCACAUCGAAAUCGAGUAUAUUUUUCGAAAUCUCGAGAUAAAGAUGUCGCUACCCCCUGUUUGACAUUGAUGGCAAAUUGCAUUUGGCCAGGAGGGACCUUUUGUAAAGGGCACCGCAACGGAGAAGGUGACAGACUGUCACUAACCUCCUGCAGCCCCUCAGUGCUGCUGCCGAUAAAAGUCAUGUGCAGUCAGCGUUACACGGUUGAAAUGAAUCGGAAUAGGAGAAAAUAAAGGGCCCAGAUAAUAAUAAAUUCAUUAAAACAGUAUCAUUAUGACCAGAUUGAUUACCGAAUUAACAUUUGUCACAUUUACAUGUUUUUAUUUUUACUGGAUGUGUUUUAAAGUGACUCAAAGAUCAAGUGUGUCACCCCUGUGAGUGUGAGUCAGCACCAGAAUUACUAAUCUGUUAAACAAAUCAGAAUAAUUUCAUCACUCUAAACCCAAAAUAAUGAACAGAUAUUAUCCACAAUUCAUCGCACAGCCACCUGGUGAUAACCUUAACUAAUGACUCAGUGAUGGCUUCUGCCGUAAAGCUCACAUGUUCUGUUUCGGAGGUGUAAACAAUCACACAAAACAGACAGCGUCACGUGGUUUGGGAGCUGUUUGACCCAGAAAAUUGGGAUAAAGUAGUCUGUGGGCAGUGACUACUUCAACCGUCACAUAAAAUAACAGAGAAAUAACCAGAACAUGCAGCUGAGAGUCGACCUGCAAAGAGGACUAAGGGCCGGUGGUUCAAGCUCUGCGAAUGAUAGCUCUUCUUGGCAUAACAAUUUGACAUUGUCCGGCUUUUUGCAGACUCUGCCACUUUAGGUUUAGCCAUGUUAGAAAAUUUUGACUUUAUUGAGUGUUUUCUUACUUUUUGGAUUAGACUGUAAGAAUUUAGAUUUCCAUUUUAAGCAGGAAAGUAGCUGCUAGUUGAUGCAGAUUGCAGACUGAAAGACAAAAUUGUGAUGUUUUGACUUAGGUGGUAAAAUCUUUCAAAUUAAUGUGUCUGUUGUUGUUUUUUAAGGGCAAAAAAAGUUCUUCUCAUGCUGUUAAAAGUUCAUUAUCAAUUCAAGUGACCUAUUGAAAUUCAAAUGAGAGAAUUAUCAAUUUGAAUGUUUUAAAGAUGCACUUUUGAGCGUCACAUGAAUAUGAAACAGCUGUAAACAAAGUCGAAGCCAAGUUAAUUUUCGUGGCCAAGUACAAACUGAGCUGUUUUGCACAUUUUAGGGAAGACUCUGCUCGCCAAGGCGGUAGCCAAUCAGACGUCAGCCACCUUCCUCCGCGUGGUGGGCUCCGAGCUCAUCCAGAAGUACCUGGGAGACGGGCCCAAGCUUGUCCGAGAGCUAUUCAGGGUGGCAGAGGAGCACGCGCCGUCUAUCGUCUUCAUCGACGAGAUCGACGCCAUCGGCACGAAGAGGUACGUCAGCGUCUACUCAGAAGUACGUGGUACGGAGAGGGUGAGAGACUGAGAGCGGCAGAACAGAGGUAAUGUGUCACCUGAAGCGCUAAAGAGUCGGCAGUGGAUGAGAAGGUGUUGGAUCAGUGAGUGUGAAAACUCGCUGAUCUCAUUCACGACAAAAAUCACAACUUUAUUUUUAGCUGCAUUUGUUAAUGAGGCUGGAAAAACGAGGUAAUUCCAGAGUUUACGCCCCACUUUACAAGUUUUUUUUCUCCCUUUCACAACAUGGGAUUGGAAACGGUAUUAGGAUGUCGUGUGUUAGAUUCCUGUGAAGAUAAAUGUUCCCUAUUUGUGUAUCUAGGUAUGAUUCAAACUCUGGAGGAGAGAGGGAGAUCCAGAGGACCAUGCUGGAGCUGCUCAACCAGCUGGACGGCUUCGACUCUCGGGGAGACGUGAAAGUUAUCAUGGCCACCAACCGGAUAGAAACCCUGGACCCGGCCCUCAUCCGACCCGGUCAGUGAAAGUCUGAUACACCCUCGUUCUGGUUCUGUUCGCCAACCAGUCUACAGACUCUGGAUUUAAAGGGCUUAAUGAUGACUAAGCGUCUUAAGAUUUCUCUUGGUGACACAAUUGAACUAUUUUUAAAAGGCUUAAUAAUCUCUUGACCUUUGCAGCCGUUAUAUCAGAAAUAUCAAAGUGGACUUACAGUGACCAUUACUCACCAAACUGCCUGAAUGACUAACCAGAGCUUGAUAGUGCGACCGUUUCACUUGCACUUGCGACUAAAAAUAGAUGUGGGCGAAUUGUAAAAUGUUUGGCACAGUUAGUUUUAGUUAGUUAGUAAGUUAGUUAGUUAGUUAUUUGUCCUCUUAAAAAAUGUUUUUGUUAAAUUUAAAGGCAAAUUUUGAAAAUUUUCUUCAAUAGCUUCCAUGUCAUGUGACCAAAAGACCUAAAAUUGAUUUCAAAUAAUUGUACUUAUUAGGGCCCGACUGAUUUUUCGGCGAGCCAAUUAAAUCGGCCAAUUUUACCCCAUUUGAGACUAAUCGUCAAUCAGCCAAAACUCGCCGAUAAUCUCAGAAAUAAAAUGCGAAGAACACGAUUCGGUUUCACUUCGAAAAUGUUGCACCAUUUGAAAAGAUCCCUCGACUUAUCCUGUAGAUGGCGCAGCGACCUCAUGACAAUCUUCAUCGACUGACUACGGGUAACAUUACUGAGAUGAUCAGUCGGUUUCUGUCGGCGUGAAGAGCAGUAGCCUUCAAUACAUUAAGUGUUCCUCAUUUUGAAAUGGAAGUUAACUAUUUGCACUUUACACAAAAUACCUCAUUCUUUGUUAGUUGUUUUAGCAAUAAAAAGGAUUUAAAAUGAGUUUUGUGCCUUAAUUCUUUGAAGAAGUGUUUGAAAGGCUCAAAAGCAACAAUUUGUUAAAAAAAAGUAAAUUAACAAAAUUUUAAAAAUCUGCGGAUUAAUCAGUGAUCUGAUUUUUUCCCCCCUAAUAAUCAGUAUCGGCCCCGAAAAAUCCAUAUCGGUCAGGCCCUAGUUCUUAUGUCGACUGAUAAAACACACAUUAUUUGAUCAAGUUUCAUUGUGCCCCUAAAGUUCUUUUUGUGCUCCUUGUGAAAAAAGUUAGUGUCAAGUCAUGCUAACAUUUGACAAAUCAACCAAAUAGCAGCAGUGGUUGAUUAGCUGGCACACCACUGUGAUAAAUUAUGAAACAUACUGGAAGCAGGGUUACUGGCAUCGGUUUACUGAUGUGUGCAGAUCGGCGUCCUGCAGGUUGUUUAUGAUGAUUUUCUUUCUCUCCACAGGGAGAAUCGACCGUAAGAUCGAGUUUCCCCUGCCAGACGAGAAAACCAAGAGGAGGAUCUUCCAGAUCCACACCAGCCGCAUGACAGUCGCGGAUGAUGUCACCCUCGAUGACCUCAUCCUGGCUAAAGACGACCUAUCAGGAGCAGACAUUAAGGUAAGAGCGAGACCCUCUGCCAAGAUCAGCCUUUUUCACUUCACUUCACUGUUUGAUAGCAGGUGAUAAUGAUCCCACUGGGUUCAUGUUUCCAUCUGUGCUGCUUUUCUCUCCUCCAUUCGACAACAAGAAACUGUCUUAGCAUAGGAGUGGAGUAAACAGCACGGUGAGGGCUGUGUCCGAUCAAACUGCAUCUUUACUUGGUCUGUUUCCUUAAUUUGGCCCGGCCUGGUUUUUCUGACUGCAGCACGUAUCGAUUAUGUGAGUGUUUUGGCCGCGAGCCAGCUCCCACUGUGGCUCAGCAGGAAAGAGAAAACAAUGUGGAGCUGUCUGAAGGGGAGCCGCAAGGACUGCUGUUCUACAUUACUGUAGCGUCAAUGCAUCUAAUGGUGUUAUAGCUGCCAUCAAAAGUGUUUACAGUACGUUUACAUCUGUGGCUUUUAUUGGCUCAGCUCUGCUGCCCUCAUGUGGCGCCUGGAAGAAUGACACUGUUGUGUUUUUAUCAGCGUUCAGAGCAUCAAAAACUUCAUUUGUAUGUUUUAAUUCCAGUUUAAAGUAUUUAUUCACCACAAUAUCGCAGUACUAUUUUUGUUUAACUCUGUUUUACUCAUCGAAACACUUAAAUUAAUGAGUUACAUGCAGAUAUUACAUUUUUUCAUGGAUUUGACAAACGUUAAUCGUUUGCUCAGGUUGCACAAAAGUAUGCUUUGAUUCAGGAUGUUUCAGGACUGAUUCAUAUGAAUACAGAUCUAACUAUUUCAUAUUAUUUCAGGAAAAUGUAACCCUAUAAAUCUUUGUUUUUCAUGCACUUAAUUAAACACAAUUUAAGAUAGCUUUGAGUCUCUUUUCCUUUAACAAAACAAAACAUAUCUCUUAUAUUUUAUAGGAGUGGGAGAAAAAAAUCGAUUCACAUAAGUAUCGCAAUUUUUUGUUUUACAAUUUUUAAAUCGAUUUCUAUGUUCAAUAACCCGUUUUUUUUCAAAUUGAAGAAUUAAGAUCCUUACACACUGGGAACGAUGCAAAUAUACGACGUUCAUGCAGCGUGUUUCCACUGAAUCUAAGAGAUGACAGUUCUCCAUUAAAUGAACAGGCUGAGUGAGAAAACAUUGAGAGUACAUUACUGAAGCUGCAUUCCAUUAAUGAUACAUUAUGUUGUGUGUUUCUUGCAAAUGUAAACAUUAUAAUCUGGAUUAAUUAUGCAGACACUCCCAGUACACAGCUCUGACUCUUCAGGGCCUGAUAGCUGGUUAAGUUGACUCUAUCAUCUCGACUUCCAUCGGUUUUAAAUGAGUUAAAUUCAGCUCUGACAAAUCGAUGUACUGCUUUAUUUCUCCUCCUUUUAGUAAAUCAGCUGUUUCCUCAUUUCUCCCGUUUCCUUGCCUGCUGUUCGUCUGUCUCUCUCCUGACACGUGUUACAAGUUUACCCUGUUAAGCAGGAAGCUAAACACACAUAGUUGGAGCAAAUGACAACACAAAGUGGAUUAUUGUUGCUGCUGCCUCUCCUCGCUCCCCUCUGGAACGAGCCUCCUCAUGCUAUCUCUCUUCCCUGUGUGCCUCUUUUAUUUAAAAGCGUUUUAUUUUAUCUCCUAAAGCUGGUUUUCUUUUGUCUCUCCCUCCCCGUGUCCUCCAGGCCAUCUGCACAGAAGCCGGCCUCAUGGCUCUGCGGGAACGCCGUAUGAAAGUCACCAACGAGGACUUCAAGAAGUCCAAGGAAAACGUCUUGUACAAGAAGCAGGAGGGCACGCCGGAGGGGCUUUACCUCUAACCUUCAAACUUUUUUCAGAUCCCUCACUCUCACCGCCUCCCUCACCCCUUCUUCUCCUUUAUCUACCGCUGUGUGAAAGAGAGGAGGCAGCAGCUGACUAGGCUGUCUCCCCAGAGAGAGUUUUGAUAUAUUUUGUGCAUGUAAUGUCCCGCUUAUCCCACUCUCCUGUUACUGUUAUGUGUACAAUAAAUAAAAAGGACAAAAAAGCAGCACUUA